CGAUUAUUUUCAAGAAUAUUUCGUUUUUUCUGCAUACAGUAACCUUUCCAAAAAGUUGAUUUUUUGAGUUUUAAAAAUUUUAUUAAAAAAUUCUGAUCUGCGAAAUCAACAUUGGCGCAUAAAAACUGAAUCGUUCACGAACUCGGCACAAUCAUUACGAAAAAUCAAAUCUUCUUGUGCAAUCGCGGUCACAGCAAAGGCACUUUUGGAAAAACACGACUUUGAAAUAAUCGCAUUCAAAAAAAACGGUAAAACGAGCAGCAGAGUUACAUUUACGGUUCUUUGAUGCUGAUGCUUCGGAAGCUCGUGAAAAACUGAUCUUCGAGGGUUUGUAUGGUUGAAAACACAGUCACUUUUCCAGAAAACAUCAGACCUUAUGUUUUCCGCUUCUUAAAAAGAAAAGGGUUUUAGACGAAGGGUUUAGAUGACGGCGCAGUCAUUGCUUGCCAGGCCCUGCUUGACGCUGUCCGCAGCCGUGACGAACCACGCCUCAAAACGCUGCUUUCCUGUCAAACUAUUAUUCGGAUCUCUAUAAAAAUUUGGGAAAAUGUUCUCUAGGGGAUAUACUUAAGGAUUCAGCAAAAAAAAUUUUUCGUUUUUUUGAAAAGAAAAAAAAGGUAUAUAACCCCUUAAGGCAGAUGAAUAUGUGGGGUUUCGAUCUUAAGUUGUCCAACAUGGUUGCCAACAUGUUUGGCUUCGGUGGGGGUACACCGAGGGCUAUUUGUGAGGCGGUAACUCGUGCUCCAUUUUCUAUACAAAAAAAAUUGGCUGCUCACCCACCGCCAGUUGAGAAGAAGCUGGCCACCAAAAAGGCAUCUGGUUCCGCUGCCUCCAACAAAUGCGAUACCCAGAAGCUGGCUCGAUUCAUCAAGAAAUACUUGAAAUCGGACGUUGUCAAUAUAAAGCUGAUCGAAACAAAGGAAAAGGGCGCGUCUGGCUCAUUCAAACCUUCGUCCUCCGCCAAGAAGGAUCCAAAGCCAAAGCCUAUGUGUGCUGAGAAGAAGGUAAAAAGCAAGAAGGUAGCCUUCAAAAAGACCGAAGCCACCGCCAAGAAAUGUUUAAGGAUUGUUGCUGACGUCAGUGAUAUUAAAAAAAAAUAUUUCAAUCUUUUUUUCAGACCCUUUUUUUGUCCGAUUUUUAUUAAAUUGAAUUCGAAAUUCUUAAAAAUACAAAAAAAUAAUAUUCCCAAUAUUAUAAGAUAUGUCAAAGAGGCUUAAAGUUUUAAUUUGUGUCAUAUUAUUUUCGCACCAGUUUUCCGAUCGUUCCUAUGACAGCUUUAUGAU